AUGAGCUACAUUAAAGUUUUUAGACAUCACAGUUCAAAUAUUUUAAGGAAAAAAAUGAGUACUUUUGUGCAAAAAUUGAAUCCACUUACGGGAAAAACUAUCUGGGAAAUGGAAGAUGAAAAUUAUGACUACCAUCAAGAAAUAGCUAGGUCCAUGUAUGCUGACAUGCUUCAUGAUACAGAUAGAAAUCAAAAGUAUUAUAAAGCUCUAAAAAGUAUCAUUGAUAAGAAACAUGCCCAGGGGCAAAAAGCUAAUGUUCUUGACAUAGGAACAGGUACUGGUCUUUUGUCAAUGAUGGCUGCUAAAUGUAAUGCUGACAGUAUUGUUGCCUGUGAAGCAUUUCCUCCUAUAGCAGCUAUAGCUAGGAGGGUUAUAGCAGAUAACAAUUUGUCUGAUAAAAUAAAAGUUGUUGCUAAAAGAUCAACUGAGUUAGAAGUUGGACCUGACAAAGAUAUGGAAUACAGGGCAAAUAUUCUUGUCACUGAGGUAUUUGAUACUGAGUUGAUUGGAGAAGGUGCUGUAGAGACAUUUAACCAUGCUAAGACAUACUUACUUGAGCCAAAUGCUACAGUUAUUCCAGAGAAAGGAAGGGUCUAUGCAGCCGUUGUUGAGAGUGACUUUUUAUCUUCAUGCAACAAAUUCAAUUCUUCAUAUCCUCUUCCUGAUGGUGGUGAAAUACUAAUGCCGGAAGAUAUCAUCAAUUGUCCAGGAACAAAUGGUGUGCAUGAUAUCCAACUGAGUCAGUUGCCUACCGAUGGUUUCAAAAUGUUAACUCAACCUUUAAACAUUGUUACGUUUGAUUUUGGUGGUGAAAUGUUAUUAGCAUAUGACGAUAACAACCUUAGUGAAGUUACUGCAGUUGCGGAUGGCGAGGCACAAGUUGUUUUAAUGUGGUGGGAAUUGGAUAUGGAUUCAGAAGAUACUGUUAUUACAUGUGCACCUUCUUGGUAUGAACCAUCAGCACCUUGGAGGGACCACUGGAUGCAGGCUGUUUACCAUUUACCAAAAAGGUUCCACGUUAAAGAAGGUCAAAAGUUUGCACUGCUGUCCUCUCAUGAUGAAUUUUCUUUUUGGUUCAAUAUUUAUUCUGACCUUUCUGAAGGAAUGAAAUAUAAGGGAAACGUUCAAGCUCCUAUUUGCACUUGUGGUGCACAUGUGAUUACAUCAAGGACUCGAAUUUCCGAAAUGAAUUCAGCCGAAAGAUGGAAGGUUUUGAGAUCAAUGUCGCCUCCAAAGGGAGGAGUGUGCCUGUUCUUGGGAGAUUUUUCUUUAGUGCCUUUGGCUAUUGCAAAGCAGUCUGCUAAGAAGGUGUAUUGCAUUGAAGAAAAUCCGACUGCUCUAAAAAUAUGGUCUAAAAUUAUUGAAUACAAUCAGUUGACUGACCAAAUCAUUGUACUUUCAGAAUAUAAUAGAGAUCUGAUUUCUGAAAAGAUUGAUUAUGUUUUGAGUGAACCAUAUUUCAGAAAAUCGAUUUAUCCAUGGGAUAACAUGAGAUGCGCUUUUGCCUGGGAAAGCUUGGCCCCAGAUGCUAACUUGUACUUUCCUCAUUGCCUUAGAAUAGUAACUGUGGCCAUGAGUUUUAAUGAUUUACAUAAGAUAAAGGUUCCUCUUGGUAAUGUAGAAGCUUUUGAUCUCACUUCUUUUGACCAUUUAAUAAAGGGUUCAAGUGAAAAGUCGGAAAGUGAUGUCGAAACUCAGCCACUUUGGGAAUAUCCUGGAAUUGCACUGUCUGGUCCUGCUGUGAUAUAUGAGCUUAUGCCUAAAGUAGGAAAUAUUGAUAAGAAAUUGUAUUCAGAUGGAUCUUUCAAUAUCAAGAGGUCUGGAGAAUGUCAUGGUCUUGCAAUUUGGGUAGAUUAUUUCGGUUCAGAUGUGGUUCUGAGUGGGGCUGGGCCCAAGGAGUACAUUGUCCCAGGAAAAACUGUCAGAUGGGAUCGUACUGCACGUCAGGGUGUUUACCUUUUUAGAACACCUUUAACUUUAGAAGAAGGUCAAGCCAUGGAGUUUUCAUUUGAACUAGCACCAUCCGAGGGCAAUAUUGAAUUUAGAUUUCAACCCAAGCCGUAUACCUGA